GCUGCCCCGGGGCAGCAUCAGCCCUGGAUCACUCGGGACAGGAGUGUUUGCAGAGCACCCCUGGCUCAGGGGUGGAGGCACUGAGCGUGGCUGGGCAGCUGGGAGAGGGCAGGAAGGCUCCGAGCCCUGGUGGGACCCCCAGAGGUCACCGUGUGAGGGCUGGGAAGGGCCUCCAGGCCCUGGGCAUUGCAGUGGAAGUCUCCAGAGUUGUGUUUAGCCUCAAAGCCGAAGCAUAAAACCCUGCUCAGCCUUGAAGAUGUGGCUCAGCCAAGCCCCAGCCCAGCCUCCGGGCUAAGCGUGGUCUCCCCCUCCUGCCUGCAGCCUCUCCCCAUUUCCCUGCCGGCGUUCCAGCCGCCCGGACGGAGCAGCUCCUGGCACCGUAACUCAUUGCUGGCUCUGGCCAGGGCUGUGCUCGGGUUCCCUGUGUCCCGAACGGGCCGGGAGCGGAGGGACGGGGAAGGAGAGGAGGGACGGGCAGCGCCUCUCCCUCGCAGGCAGCAUCGCCUUUCCACAGCCGUGCACGCUGCCAGGGUAUUGCUGAGCAGCCCAACUCUGCCGGGACCAGGCGUGCCCCGGGCAACUUUCCUCGGCUCCCAGAGUCCAGCUGGUGAUUUCACACAGGCCUAAGAGCUCGGGCUGUGCUCCGGGAGAAAGCAGGAGCAGGGAGCAGGGAGCUGCUGCGGUGGGGUGCACAUCGCUGAGAUCGCUGGAGAAGAGGCUGGGUGGUCCAUGAGGAGGUCGGAGAAGGCAGAACGUGGGUUGGAUAAUCUCAGCUGGAAGUUCAAGGUGAAGCGACUCCUCAGCCCUUGUCAGAAGAUGUUUAAGUGACAGCCCAGCUAGACCCCACCAUGGAGAAGACAGAAGCAGAGGGCCAGCCACCCAACGGGGAGAGGGAGCAGCCCCGCGGCCUCCCCUACUCCCUGGAGACGCCCUACGGCUUCCACUUGGACCUCGACUUCCUGAAGUACGUGGAUGACAUCGAGAAAGGCAACACCAUCAGGAGGGUCCACAUCCACCGCAGAGCCAAGCAGCCCAAAUUCAGCACGCUGCCCCGCAACUUCAGCCUGCCCGAGAACGGCUCCCGCGGCUGCUCCACCGCCGCUCCCAGCAAGAGCUGGACCUCGACCUGCUCCUUCCCGCAGCGAAAGGCGUCCCUGGGGGAGGAGCCCCCCCGAGCCCCCCUGCCCGCCGAGGCCGCGGCCGAGGAGCCGAGCUACCGGAGGAAAGCGCUGCUGGCGGAGACGCGGCGGCAGACGGAGCAGGGCCGGGCGCAGGCGGAGCAGGGCCGGGCGCAGGCGGAGCAGGGCCGGGCGCAGGCGGAGCAGGGCCGGGCGCAGGCGGAGCAGGGCCGGGCGCAGGCGGAGCAGGGCCGGGCGCAGGCGGAGCAGGGCCGGGCGCAGGCGGAGCCGGGCCGGGCGCAGGCGGAGCCGGGCCGGGCGCAGGCGGAGCCGGGCCGGGCGCAGGCGGAGCAGGGCCGGGCGCAGGCGGAGCCGGGCUGGCCGCGGGAAGCGCUGUGGGCGCGGCCGCAGCUGCUGCGAGCCUCCAGCAUGCCCGACGCGCUGCCCCCCGGCCAGAGCCCCCCGGCAGUCCCCUCACCGCUCCGGACCCCUCCCCAGCACUGCCCCGACCAGGGCGGCUCCGAAAGCACCUCCCGCCCCAGCUCGGACAGCAGCGCGUUCACCCCGCCCCGGGAGAUGAGCUCGGAGCAGGACGGCUCCUUAGGGCAUCCCGGCGGGGUUCUACCGGGGCUGGGCCCCGUGCAGCCUCCCUGGCAGAACCAGCAGCUGCAGGUGGUGAUGGAGAGCGGCGGCGAGGAGGGCGAUGCCGCCGAUGCCAGCGGCGGCUCCGACGUGGCCAAGGGUGAAGCAGCACCAGCGGCUGCCCUCCAGCUGGCAGAGGAGAGCAUGAACCCUGCAGAAAGGGGGCUAAGUGUGAGUGAGGUGGAUCUGAAUGUGCUGCAGGAAGGCGAGGAGAGGGAUGUCCGGGCUGGAGGGGACAAGGAGAGCGGUGUUCCGCAGGCUCCUGACGCUGGAGAGCCCGGCGGGGUCGCGGCGCUGAAGCAGCAGAUCGCUGACCUGGAGGAGCAGCUGGGCAAGAAGAAAGAGGAGCUCGAGCAGGUCAGGGCAGUGCUGGAGCAGCAGGAUCAUGAGAUCCAGGAGAAGGAGAAAAGCAUUAAGCUGCUGGCUAGCUCCAAAGCUCAGCUGGAAGAGCAGCUGUGCCAGGAGAAGUCCAAGGAGGCCGAGCUGCGGUCGUGGCGGGGCAGUGGGGCCCUGCAGUGCCUCGAUGCUGCGGUGAACACCGAGUUCUCACAGGUGGCAGGGCUCAGGCAGGCCCAGGACAAAGGCAUCAACGUCAACAUCCCGCUCUCCACCAGAUCCAUCGGCUGUGGUGUCCACAGGGCAGACAACGUCCAUGCACAGGCCGUGGAGCUGGGCGCGUGGAGAGAGCAGGGACUGGCAGACGCUCGAGCAGAGGGACGUUCUGGUGAGGCUGGCAUGGAGGCUGGACUUCCUGCUCCGUGCUUCACCCAGCUGCAGAUCCACGAGCACCCCAGUGACGACAACCAGAACCACCGGAACAGCUGUGACUCCUUUGGCCCAAAGGCAGCCGGAAGCAGGGCAGGCUUUGGAGAAGAUAAACCUCGGGAAGGGCUGGAAGAGGAAGGUGCCCCUGGCCAUGAGGACCUCCCGGCUGUUGACCCCAUUGGCCAAUAUGUAAAAAAGAUCCAGGAGCUCCUGCAGGAGCAGUGGCUGUGUUUGGAGCACGGGUACCCUGAGCUAGCCAGUGCUAUCAAGCAGCCGGCCUCCAAGCUCAGCUCCAUCCAGAACCAAUUGGUUAAUUCCCUAAACUCCCUGCUCUCUGCCUACUCCUCGCAAGGGCCCGUGGAUAAGGAGAAUUCCAACAUGCACUAUCAACAGUUGGAAAACUCUCCAACCACAAGUCUUAAAUCCAUCAUGAAAAAGAAAGGUUAUGGUUUCCAUGCAGGAGGCAAUGGGACCAAAAAGAAUCUCCAGUUUGUUGGGGUAAAUGGUGGCUACGAGACGACAUCAAGCGAAGACACGAGCUGUGACGACAGCGCAUCGGAUGGUGACACCGAGACCGAGGCCGAAGGCAGAGCUGGUGACGUGGAGCCCGAGCAGGCUGGAAGGGAAAGCAAAGGGGCUUCCUCAGGGGAGAAGUGUGAGGAUGAUGAUGAGCAGGAGGCAUCAGCAAGAGCAGCACCCUGCUCUCAGCACGAGGCUGACAGGUGCAAACCCUCUGAAGAUUUCCUCACCGCCUGCCAGCUCCUCAGUGAACACCUCCCAGAAAUCAGGAGCACAAGCAACAAGCAUCUGCGGCACGUCCUCGGCUCCAUCUCCCAGGAGUGGUUCCAGGUGUCCAGCCACAAGUCUUCCAGCCCGCAGGUGGUGGCAGCGUACCUGGAGGCGCUGGGGGACAUCCAGCCCCAGCUGCUGGAGACGGUGGUGAACCUGCCCGACAGGAACGGCAACACAGCUCUGCACUACAGCGUGUCCCACUCCAACUUCCCGGUGGCAAAGCUCCUGCUGGACACGGGCGUGUGCUGCCUGGACCUGCAGAACCGCGCCGGCUACACGGCCGUGAUGCUCACGCCGCUGGCGACCCCCGAAACCCACCAGGACAUGGAGGUGGUGAUGAGGCUGCUGAAGGAGGGGGAUGUCAACCUGAGGGCCGCCCAGGGAGGCCAGACCGCGCUGAUGCUGGGGGUGAGCCACGAGCGGGAUGACAUGGUGCGAGCCCUGCUGUCCUGCCAGGCCGAUGUCAACCUGCAGGACGAGGAGGGGACCACGGCCCUCAUGGUGGCCUGUCGCCAGGGCAACGCCGACAUCGUCAGGCUGCUCUUGGCCCAGCCCGGCUGCCAGGUCACGCUGACCGACAAGGGCGGUAACUCGGCGCUGUCACUGGCACACGGGGACAUCGCUGCUCUCCUGCGAGCCCACCUCGAGCUCAGCCCGUCCCUCUCGGUGUGACCCAGCGGGGAGAAGCCAGGACGGGGAGCUGGGAGCAAACAGCUCCUCCCCGAACAGCCCCGCCGUGGCAGGGCCAGUACCGCGGGGUCACGGGGGAGCAACCUCCCUGCCUCAUCUGAAUAAUGUUCCCUGUGUCUAAUUCUCCUCAUUCAUCCCACUCACACCCCUAAGCUGCGCCCAGUGCCACAAACAACUCCAGACUCUCCUACCCGCCCCUCCCGGUGUAGAUUUGGCAGGUGAGCAACCAAAAGGAAUGAGAAAAGCACAUUACAACAGCAGUACUUAGUCUUUUCCAACCUGAGGUUGUGAGUGUCCUUUUAAUUGACUACUUAACUGUAUCUCAUUUAACUUGUAAGUUUGUGUCCUAAUAUUUAUUAUCAGCUCUUCUGUAAGUAGUGGCAGGCAGUGAUUACUCAGUGUAUGUAACAACAAACACAAGCUGGAUGGAUUAUGGAAAGCACAAAAUCUUAUUUAUGUUUGCUUAUGCGGGUCUGAUGUAAGAAUUAAAAAUUAAUGCUCUAGGAAAAUAUUUGAGUAUGCCAGACCCAAACACACAGACAUUGUUUUGCCUGGAUUUGGAAUUACCAUAUGGCUCUUAUUUUUCCCUAAUUAAGUUUGAGCUAAUGGGGAAGCGCAGCCCAUUGACAGGCUCUGCAUCACGGCAGGGCGGAGCAGGGCAUUCCAAGCACUGGAAGAUCCCAGCAGAUUCCCAUCACAGGGUGUGUUAAUGCUGUCCAAGAGCUCCGUGGAGUGGCUUUGCUGGCAGAUGCCUUUUGGACCAGUGUCUGCUCCCUGCUUCCCCUCUGUUCAAUUUUAAUAUUCCCAAACUCCUCCUGUAAAGCCAAGCCAUGAUUUAGCUGCUGGAAUUGGGUCUCCCCCACCACGGAGCAGCCACAGGGUCCAGCAUCACCUCAGAUCAGGGUUUUCUCUUAAAUCCCUCUGCUUCUGACAGAGAGGGGAGGCAGGGCUCAGGCCCCACUUUUCCAAGCAUCCUUAUUUUGCUGCAUCAGGACCCACUGGAUGCUCUCCCCUGGCUUUGGUGGAGCUGGUGUGUGGCAAACCCAGAUCUCCCUGAUUAGCUAAUUGCUCUUUUUUUUUUUUUUUUUUUUUUUCCUAACUAAGCAGAAGUAAAUUCCAGACCACUUUGGUCGUUGUUAAGUCAGUUCACAUCCUGACAAAAUGUCUCUUGAGCUGCCUAGAGCCCCCAUCCUUGCAGGGAGGGGAAAACAGCCCUGACCUCUGUUUUCCGUGGAAAUCUGCCAUCUGCUCAAUUUUCUUUCCUUUCUUCACAUUUUCAGCCCAGAGCAUUCACUAUCUCAAACUUCUAUCUGCCUUUUUUUAAAUCUAUAUCCCAAAAUGCAGUUGCCUCCUUUAUGUACAAAUAAACUGAGUUAAACCUUG